UCUUUUGUUCAUAUAUUUAGAGCAAGUCUAACCACUUAGACAUAGGCUUGUGGGUAGCUAGAGUAGACAAAAGCAGGGAACACGACAUGUCAUAAAGAAUACAAAGAUUGUCAACUCGCAAAUUUAACUUAUUUUUCCGCAGUUCACACCCGAUCGUCAGUCGGUACGAGCUUAUGCCUAUGUAUCACCCGUCGCACCUCCAUCGUGUGCAGUAAAACACCGAGAGAGAUUACGAGAUGAGCUGCAGCAUAAAGCCCGAGAGAUGCUUAUCAGUUGAGUGUGACGUGUGUGUAGGUGUGGGUGGUUAGCGGGCGGACAGUAUCCAUCCGUAUUGGAUACCCAAAUGGAUUGCUUUUGACAUUCUAGUCUGGGCAGUCGAGAAGCCCAAAACGGGACGUUGUGGCGAUCGCAUUGUCUCAUCUUCCUCAACACUCGAUCCUCCUGUUGAGCAUCUCACACACAGACUAGAGUCAACUACAAACAAAACCCAAAAACGUUUAAUUUAAGUUAUUAAAUUUGAAAGAUACAACAAGGAAAAAUGGCUGAAGUCAAGGCUCGUACUGUGCUAUGGUACAUGGCAUUUUUUGGAUUCAUUGUCAACUAUAUGUUGCGGAUUAAUCUGAAUAUCACAAUUGUGGAUAUGUUGGCAGAGAAAGGUAAGACGACGCCAGUUGCGAAUCUAUCUCUCGCCAGCUCUUCGAAUGCAACGGACUUUGUACGCCCGGAAAGAUUGUCAUUGGAGCGUGGGAUUCUGGAUUGGGCACAUAUAUCGUAUGAAAAGGAGGGAUUCCACUGGAAUGAGAAGCAACAAGGCGCUUUAUUGGGAUCCUUUUUCUGGGCCCACUGGAUUUUGCAGAUUCCUGGUGGAGUUUUAGCAAGAAAAUACGGAACAAAAUUGAUUUUUGGCUGGUCGAAUGGCAUUGGAAUCUUCUGUUGUUUCAUCAUACCUCUUGUAUCCUACCUGGGAUAUAGUUAUCUAUUGUGGUUACGGGUCUUCCAGGGAUUUGUGACGGGCUUAGCUUGGCCUUCCAUGCAUGUGAUGACUGCCAAAUGGAUUCCUCCCAAUGAACGCAGUAAAUUCGUCAGUGCUUAUUUGGGCAGUUCCGUGGGCGUGGCUUUGUUUUAUCCCAUUUUCGGUUACAUCAUUGACUUGAUAGGCUGGGAGAGUGUCUAUUAUGUGUCUGGAGUUGUUGGAACUUUCUGGUUUAUUUCCUGGCAGUUUUUGGUUUUCGACAGCCCAGCCGAACAUCCUCGCAUCGACGAAUCAGAAAGACGUUAUAUAGAAAAGUCACUUGGAGCAUCCGUGCAGAAUACUAAUCCAGGACCGACACCUUGGCGGGAGAUAGUCACCUCGAGACCUGUCUGGAUGAAUGUGGUAGCACAAUGGGGUGGUAUCUGGGGUCUCUUUACUCUAAUGACCCAUGGUCCGACCUAUUUCCGGAUCAUACAUCACUGGGAUGUCAAAGCGACCGGCUUCCUUUCUGGGCUUCCACAUUUGAUGCGCAUGUUGUUCGCCUAUGGCUUUUCAAUGUUUGCGGAUUACUUGCUGCGUACGGAACGGGUUAGUCGCACCAAUGUACGAAAACUGGCCACGGCUGUUUGUUGCCUACUGAAGGGUCUGGUGGUGUUGGCUUUGGCCUAUUUUGGCUACAAUUCCACUGCGGCCAUUGUUUUGGUGACUGUUGCUACGAUGGUUCACGGAGCCGUCUCCUCCGGUCCACUGGCCUCAGUUGUGGAUCUCGCUCCAAAUUAUGCCGGCAUAGUGUUGGGAGUAAGUGGGGCCAUUGGCGGCAUGCCGGGCUUUAUCUCACCCUUCAUUGUGGGUCUACUGACGCAAGGAAAUCAAACUAUUGAGGCCUGGAAACAUGUAUUCCAACUGACCGCCGCCAUGUUAAUUGGCAGCGGAAUUCUGUAUGUCCUGUUCUCGGACUCGACUCUUCAAGCCUGGAAUAGCGGCUGCUGCACUACAUUGCCCGAUGUUAAUCUCAAAGAGCUGCAAGCCCUUGCGGAGGAGAAGAAGCCACUCAAUGUGGAUCCCGAUGUGACCACAGAAGUCGAUGAUGAAAGCAAAACAAAACCCGAAAACGAUGAAAAGUGAUUGCACGUCAUUUUUAUUGGCAUUAUUCCAUUUUACCUGUGCCUUUGUGUCGCUCAGGUCUUUCUUAGAUAAGACUGGCAAAAUAUUUGCUUGCGGCUUUAGUCAGUGACAAGUUUUUUCUCUAGAUUUUAAGCAAUCUUGUUAUGAUUAGGUUUAAGGUUCCAUGUGUCUGUUGGGGCGACUGACUUUGUUUGUCGUCCAGUGUGCCUCCGUACUUUCAUGUUCUGAAUAAAAUAUGGUUGAUAAAAGCGAAA